AUGUUCUUUUCAACCGGAAUUUCUUCUCUUUCAGUUAUUGACUGCACCGGUAAUAUAAGGAGAAAUGAUCAGAUGAUCCGAUGCAUAUUACUUCAGCCAUUACCACUUGUAUUCAUGGAAAAUACAGAAUGCGUCUUUGUGUUGACACAGUGUCCCAUGUCACACACGAUGAAUAUGUUGAUAAGAAUGAGAAUCAUAUCAAUGAAGAUAAGACAAGAAGAAACAAAUGAAACAGAUUUCCGUAAAAGAAAAAGGAACGGAUUUAUGUUGGAUUUCAGGCAAGAAAAAGCACAUUAA